GGAGGAUUAUUGCCGAGAAGAAAAGAUGUUUGGUUUUCACAAGCCAAAGAUGUACCGAAGUAUAGAGGGCUGCUGUAUUUGCAGAGCGAAGUCCUCCAGUUCUCGAUUCACUGACAGUAAACGCUAUGAGAAGGACUUCCAGAGCUGUUUUGGGUUGCAUGAGACUCGUUCAGGAGGCAUCUGUAAUGCCUGUGUCCUGCUUGUGAAAAGAUGGAAGAAAUUGCCAGCAGCAUCAAAAAAAAACUGGAAACAUGUGGUAGAUGCAAGGGCAGGACCCAGUCUGAAGACUACAUUGAAACCAAAGAAAGUGAAAACUCUAUCUGGAAACAGGAUAAAAAGCAACCAGAUCAGUAAACUACAGAAGGAACUUAAACGUCACAAUUCUGAUGCUCACAGUACCACCUCAAGUGCCUCCCCAGCUCAGUCUCCUUGCUAUAGUAACCAGUCAGAUGAUGGCUCAGAUACAGAGAUGGCCUCUGGCUCUAACAGAAUGCCAGUUUUUUCCUUUUUAGAUCUCACAUACUGGAAAAGACAGAAAAUAUGUUGUGGGAUUAUCUAUAAAGGCCGUUUUGGGGAAGUCCUCAUUGACACGCACCUAUUCAAGCCUUGCUGCAGCAAUAAGAAAACAGCUGCUGAGAAGCCAGAGGAGCAGGGGCCAGAGCCUCUGCCCAUCUCCACUCAGGAGUGGUGACUGAGGUUUAGGUAGAAGGGGAACAAAAGUGAUUUAAAUUUUGCAAAGAAAACAAAGCAACAAAACCCUCCUAUUUUUAACUUGGAUACCUGCUAUUCUGCCAAAAGACAAUUUCUAGAGUAGUUUUGAAUGGGUUGUUACUUCUCCAGUUCCACAAACUCUGAAGCCAGUGUCUAGCUUACUAAAAGAAAAAAAGUGUACAUAAUAUUUAAGAUGCUGAGUAUCUCAUAGGAAAGCUGAAUGCUGCUGUAAAGUGCUCUUUAAGUCUUUUUUUUUUUCUCUUAAUCCCCUUCUAAUGAAUGAAACUAGGGGAAUUUCAGGGGACAGAGAUGGGAUUUGUUGUAUGAUAAACGUAUGUAGUUUUAGUCUUUCUAUAUUGAGAAGCAGUGGUUGGGGCAUUUUUUAAGAUGGCUGGCUAUACUUGUUUCCUACAUGAUAAUAAAUUUGUCAUAACUCAGUAACAUGGACUUGCCCCUAGAGGUAGUUGUUAAUAAUUUUGCAAUAAUAAGGUCUUGCCAAGGUUCUGAUGAUUCAAACCUGUACUACUGAAUAUGAAGCAGGACAGACUGAGCUCUCUGGUGCAAAUACCUUGAAGGAGUAAUUUCUAAAUAUACAGAGAGGUAACUUGACUGUAUAUGUUGCAUCCUCUGUCACCUCCCUCCAUACUGAUAUUUGAUAAAGAUUUUAA